UCAAGAAAGCUCCAUACACACUGCCGCACGUUCAGUACACAGCAAAAUGGCGGAACCCAAAACGAAGUACGAUCGUCAGCUCAGAAUAUGGGGUGAGCAAGGACAGGCUGCACUUGAGAGAUCUAGUAUAUGCUUGUUGAAUUGUGGGCCAACAGGUUCAGAAACAUUGAAAAAUCUUGUUCUUGGUGGGGUUGGAAGUAUCACCAUUGUCGAUGGCUCAAAAGUUGAAGUGGGUGACCUUGGGAAUAACUUCAUGGUGGACGAAUCAUGUGUGGGACAAUCGAAGGCCAAAUGUGUGUGUUCAUUUCUUCAGGAGCUAAAUGAUGCCGUUAAAGCCAAGUUUAUUGAAGAGUAUCCCCAGGCAUUGAUUGAGUCAAAUCCAUCAUUCUUCUCACAGUUCACUCUGGUAGUGGGCACACAGCUGGUUGAAGAUUCAAUGGUGAAAUUGGACAGAAUCUGUCGAGAUGCAAAUGUUGCUCUGGUAUUUGCACGCUCAUAUGGUCUAACAGGUUUUAUUCGGAUCAGUGUGAAGGAGCAUACUGUGAUUGAGUCAAAGCCUGAUCACUUUUUGGAUGAUCUCCGGCUAAAUAACCCAUGGCCAGAGCUCAGAAGUUUUGCAGACACUAUUGAUUUGAACACAUCUGAUCCAGUCGUCCAUAAGCACACCCCUUACGUCAUCAUUCUCGUUAAGAUGGCAGAAGAGUGGGCAAAAAGUCAUGGUGGAUGCCUUCCAUCAACUAGAGAUGAGAAGAAACAAUUCAAGGACCUAAUUAAAGCCAGGAUGAUUGCAAUUGAUGAGGACAAUUAUAAAGAGGCAAUGGAAGCUUCAUUUAAAGUCUAUGCUCCUAGAGGAAUCAGUUCAGAGUUAGAGAAGAUAAUUAAUGAUGGUAGUGCUGAAGUUGGUUCAAGUUCAUCAGAGUUUUGGGUGACUGUGGCAGCUCUAAAGGAUUUCAUUGACAAUGAAGGGAAUGGGGAGGCACCUCUUGAGGGUUCAAUACCGGAUAUGACAUCAUCCACUGAGUUGUAUGUAAAUUUGCAGAAGAUUUACCAAGCAAAGGCUGUGGCAGAUUUUAUUGCUGUGGAGCAAAAAGUCAGGCAUAUCCUGAAAAUAAUUGGUAGAGAUCCAUAUAGCAUCUCAAAUGCUUACAUAAAAAGCUUCUGUAAAAAUGCAAGGAAACUCCGAGUUUGUAGGUAUCGGCCCAUUGAGGAUGAGUUCAACACCCCAGUCCAAGCAGAAUUACAGAAGUGUCUGACUGAUGAAGACUACAGUUAUGCUGCAGGGUUCUACAUUCUGCUUCGAGCUGCGGACCGUUUUGCUGCAAACUAUAAUAGUUUCCCUGGCCAAUUUGAGGGUGGGAUGGAUGAGGAUAUUUCCAGAUUGAAAAGUAUUGCGGUCAGCCUCCUUAGUGAUCUGGGCUGUAAUGGUUCAUCUUUAAUAGAAGAUCUUAUAAAUGAAAUGUGCCGGUAUGGUGCUGCAGAGCUUCACGCUGUGGCUGCCCUUAUUGGUGGAAUUGCAUCACAGGAAGUGAUCAAGCUCAUCACAAGGCAGUUUGUUCCUAUGUCUGGGACUUUCAUCUUCAAUGGCAUUGAUCACAAGUCUCAACUGUUACUGUUAUAAGUAGUUUCAGCGAUGAUCAGAUUUCUCCACUUCUGAAAGCACAGUGCUUGAAAUUUAUACUUGAAAGCUGGAAGAUGGACAUGCUCAGAUGGCUGAAUGGCGGAGGUUAUUUCGAUGGCUUUAAAUUUAUAUUUGCACCUUAUCCUUCUUUAUUUUUCCGCCCAUUUUGGUUGAGGGACAUUUCUGUACCUGGUCCAUGGUUGAUUAGUUGAGGACAACACAAGAAGAGUAUAGAAUGAACUGCUGAAGUCUAAAUUUGUGCAGUCGAUAUAAUGUAACUAGAGAUUUCUGCUCAAGGCUUUGUUGGAGCCGAGGGUAAUAGAACAAUCAGGGGCUGAAUGGUACACCCAAGGAAACAAAAUGGAAAUGAAUAUUGAAGGUU